UUCUUGGGGCUGACAAGGCAGUAAUCGUCCCUGAGCAAGUCAGAGAUGUGCCGUCCAGUUUCAGUGUGGUCUGAACUAGUAUUUCAUUUUUCAUUCUUUACCAUACAAGUGUCCUCAGAUCUGCUCAUUUUCAGUACAAAUAGCCUAUAUUUGGGUGUAUGUACGUCUGUAUGAGCUGUCGUCAUCGCCCUCUGCUUCGGGGUCCCAGCCCUUCCCGUCACUGAGGGCACUGCCGUGGAGGUGUGUUUGCGUGUUGUCACUUCCCACACGGGUGUGACUCAGGUCCUCAGAAUGGAAUCCGGUUCCCUGCGUGUUGCCCCUGCAUCCUCCCACACACACGGGUGAGGAGGGAGCAUUGCUGCAAGAGAACAUGUGGAUGUUGCAGGACACAGUGGUCUUUGCGGAUGUGGCUGUGAACUUCACCCCGGAAGAGUGGGCUUUGCUGGAUCGUGGUCAGAGGCGGCUCUACAGGGAUGUGAUGCUGGAGACCUGCAGGAACCUGGCCUCCCUGGACCGUUGCACUCAAGUUAACCCUUGUGGAUCAGGGAUUCAGCUGAAUAUUUUGGAGAAUGAACUAUCCAGUGAAGAUAAAAUAGUAACAUUUACAAGAAAUGAUUCCUGGGCUCUUUUUGGAGAAAACUGGGUGUUUCAUCACAUUGGAGAUCAGACCCAAUCCCAGGAGAGGAGUUUGAGAAGUCGUUUGGUGAAGCGGGUCUGUGAAAGCAGCAAAGAUAAUCGAUGUGGAGAAACCAGAAGGCAGAUGACAAGUCUUACCGUGCGUGCGGAUCGUCCUACUGGAGACAAGUCCUGUCAGUGCGCCAAGUGUAGAGAAGCCUUCACAGAUGGUUCUUUCCCUGAGAAUCCACAAAGAUCCCACCCUGGACACAAACCUAGUCCUUGUGAGGAAUGCAGGCCGGCCUGCAGCUGUGUCUCGAGCCCCAGCCCUCACGUGGACACAGGCCUCGUAGAGAAACCUUAUGAACCUCAGGACACUGGGGGAGCUUCGAAGAGAGACUUGAAGAGUCACGGUAGUAAAAAAUCUUUAGAGUGCAAGAAAUGUGGAAAAACUUUCACUUGCAGGUCGUCCUUUCGGGGUCACGUGAAGGAUCACUGUGGACAGAGAGUCCAUGCGUGUGACGUGUGUGGGAAGGCCUUUAUGUAUCAGUCUUACCUUACACGUCACAUGAGAACUCACACUGGGGAGAGACCCUAUGAAUGUGUGGAGUGUGGAGAAGCCUUUGGGUCUGCUUCAAGUCUGCAAAGACAUGUGAGGACACACACUCUGGAAAAACCCUGUAAAUGUCAGCAGUGUGGGAAAGCCUUCCCUGGUGACUACUCCCUUGAAGCACACAUGAGAAGACACGAAAAGGACAGAACCUUGGAAUGUAAGGAGUGUGGGCAAAGUUUCAGGAAGCAUCUGCCUUUUGAACGUCACAUGACCACUCACAAUGUCAUGAAACCCUAUGAGUGUAAGGAGUGUGGCAGACUCUUCAGAUAUCACACAGCCCUUGGAGACCAUAUGAGGACACAUACUGGGGAUAGACCCUAUAGAUGUAAGGAAUGUGGGAAAACUUUCCGGAAGUCUGAACAUUUUAAACGUCACAUGACCACCCACAGUGCUGUGAAACCCUAUGAAUGUAACCGGUGUGGCAGAUCAUUCCGGGAUCACACAAACCUGCGCAUCCAUAUGAGGACGCACACUGGGGAAAGACCCUAUGAAUGUCAGCAGUGUGGGAAGACCUUCAGAUAUCUUGGAAAUCUCCGGGAACAUACGACAACUCACACGGGAGAGAGACCGUAUGAAUGUCAGCAGUGUGGGAAGACCUUCAGGUAUAACUCAUGCCUGCGAGAACACAUGUGGAAGCACACUGGAGAGAGACCCUAUAAGUGUCACCACUGUGGAAAAGCCUUCAUUCGUCACCACACCCUUGUAGUACAUACUGUGAGAAGGCACACCAAGGGUGGACACUUGGAAUGUAAGGUGUGUGGUGAAACUUUCAGAAAGCAUCGACCUUUCGAACGUCACAUGGCCACACACGGUAUCCUGAAACCCUAUGAAUGUAAGGAGUGUGGAAGAGCCUUCAGGUGCCACAGAGACCUACAGGUACAUACAAGGAUACACACUGGGGAAAGACCCUUCAAAUGUGAGCUGUGUGGAAAAGCCUUUAAGUCUCCUGCAAACCUUCGAGGACAUACAAGGACACACACUGGUGAAAGGCCCUGCAAGUGUCAGCAGUGUGGGAAAAUCUUCUCGACUCCUGGACGCCUGCAAGUACAUAUGAGGACACACACUGGGGAAAGACCCUGUAAAUGUGAGCAGUGUGGGAAAGCCUUCACCUCUCCUGGAAACCUACGAGCUCAUAUGAGGACACACAGUGGGGAAAGACCCUGUAAAUGCCAGCAGUGUGGGAAAGCCUUCACCCGUGCUGCGUCCUUGCGGGUACAUAUGAGGACACACACUAGGAAGAGACCCUAUGAAUGUCACCACUGUGGCAAAGCCUUCAGGAGUCCAUCGCACCUGGAAGCACACACGUGGACACGGGAGAGACCUUUUAAGUGUAGAGUGUGGGAAAGCUUUCAGUUGGCCUCAGUGUUUUCAAGAUCAUCUGAAAACGCACAACACAGUUAAAUCCUAUGAAUGCAAGGAGUGUGGGAAAGCAUACAAGUUUCCCUCAUCCCUUCGAGGGCAUAUGAAGAAACACAGUGGGGAGAGAACUU